AUGGCAGAAUAUGAUAGUGUUGAAGUCCGAUUUGGAUCUCCUCAAGUCUGUGUAACAAUUUGUAAGAAACACUCAGAAAUUCAAAGUUUUUUCUGUAACGACUGUGAUGAAUUUAUAUGUACAGACUGUGCAAAAACAGACCAUCGAAGUCACGACUGGAACACAGUCCGAAAAGCAUCAACCAAGAGAAAAUCGCGUCUCUCUGGAAUAUGCUUGGAAAUCAGAGACGAAGAACUGCCAAACAUUGCGAAGCAGAUUGAAAAAAUUGAUUCUAUGGUGAAACAAAAUCUUGCAGAUCGAGAUGGAGAAAUAUCUAAAUUAGAAGCUCACUCCAGGGACAUUGUAAGUGAAUUUACCAAAUGUGUCGAGGAAAGUAAGAAAGUUUUAGAAAGUGGAGUCGAAAAGAAGAACAAAAUACUACUGGAAAUUAAGUCAAAGUUAAAGGAAAAAGAAACCGAACUUCGAGACAGGGUCGAUGAACUGGAAGGCUCUCACUCCCUCUCUGAUUACAAUUUGCUGAACGUGAAUUAUCGCUUAAACAAGGUUUCGUCUAUAGUUAAAGAUGAUAAAAUCGAAGAUCAACGAUAUUCAUUACAUUUCAAAAAUGGUGCAAUAUCACGGGAGAGUCUAAAAUCUCUUCUGGGAGAAGUUAAAGAUUACGACGACUUCUCUCUGACAAAAAUUGCAUCAUUUAAACACGAGAAGGGGGACAUUAUUGCUUUAGAAGUGGACAAUUACGAGAAUGCUGUUUUAGUAGCCUCUGACCAAACUUACUUCGACAAAGUUACCAAGAAAGGAAAACUAAGGAGCCGAAACGAAAUUGGUUGCGAUAUAAAUGAUAUUGCAGUGUUCCCCAAUGGCGAUAUUCUUUUCUCGGACAGCGGAAAUGGCGCAGUCAUACGGCUGACUAACAACAAACUUACAACUAUCGUGGAAACUUCUCCACUUACUCCUGAAGGUUUAUCUUUGACAACUGAUGGAGACUUUUUGGUCACAAUGGCCGACCCCUGUGGAGAUACAUGUUCAAAAGAUUGCAAAGGUUUAGUCAAAUUGUACUCUUUGGACGGGCACGGAAAGAAAGUUUAUGAAUACCAAGAAGAUGGAGGGAAGCUUUUCACACUGCCUUUCAGAAUAGCAGAAAACAUAAACACGGAUAUAUGUGUUUUGGACAACUUGGAUGAUGAGCAUGGUGUUCUUAAAGUAAUAUCGAGGACAGGUAGUUUCCGUUUUAUUUACAAUGGAAAACAAGGUCAUCUUUUCUUUCCAGUGGAUAUUGUUUGUGAUAACCUUUGCAAUUUGAUUGUAAUGGAUGCAAAAAACUACACCAUUCAUCUUCUGGAUUCUGGUGGCGAUUUUAUCAAAUACUUGAGAACAGAUCAGGAAGACAAAAAAGCUUCAUUAUCGCUGGGCCUUUGUGGAGACAUUCUAUGGACUGGGGGUCACAGUGGACAUUUAAAUGUGUACAGAUAUACAAAUAAAUUCUAA